AUGACGGCCGAUCUUGCCCCCGCACCGUCCGUCACAUCCGGCACUUCCGCACCAGCCUCGCGGGUGAAAUCCUCGACAUCAACCACCAGCGUGUUUGGAUAUCCGCGCGGACACUGGGGACACUUGAGCGAGCAUGAGGACGAGGCAUUGAGCAAGUUUAAGGAUGUUUUGGAGGAGAGAGGUGUUUGGACGAGGGAGCCUGCUAGCCAUGAUGACCAAACGUUGCUGCGGUUUCUACGUGCGCGCCGUUGGGUAGUGGAAGAUGCGUACAAACAGUUCAAGGACACGGAGGAUUGGCGAGCCGCCAAUAACAUCGAUACGCUGUAUCGCACAAUCGAGCUGGAUGCGUACGAGCAGAGCAGAAGACUGUAUCCGCAAUGGACGGGCCGCCGUGACCGCCGCGGCAUCCCGCUGUACGUCUUUGAAAUCAAGAAUCUCGACUCCAAAACCGUCUCCGAAUACGAACGACUCGGCGCGAAGUCCACCUUCUCCGACGCCAAAACCGACGGCAAGACACCGCCCGGCCUGCUCCGCCUGUUCGCGCUGUACGAGAACCUCACGCGCUUCUCUCAGCCGUUUUGCACGCAGCUCACGGACAGGGAGCACCCGGACGUGCCGGUGACCAUGUCGACCAACAUUGUGGACAUUUCAGGCGUAGGCCUCAAGCAGUUCUGGAAUCUAAAGGGCCACAUGCAGGCGGCUAGUCAGCUCGCCACGGCGCAUUACCCCGAGACGCUGGAUAGGAUCUUCAUCAUCGGAGCGCCCAUGUUCUUCAGCACGGUAUGGGGCUGGAUCAAGCGCUGGUUCGACCCGAUUACCGUUUCGAAAAUCUUUGUCCUGAGCUCGCAUGAGGUGAAGCCCACGCUGGAGGCGUUCAUUGACCCGAGGAAUAUUCCUAAAAAGUAUGGCGGCGAGCUGGACUUUGGGUUCGGGCAGCUGGGUGUUCCGGAUCCGAUGUGGGAGGGGAUAAUCGAGUGGGAGAAUGGGUACUCUUCCUUCCCUAGCGGACCGCUGCUGUGGGAGGAUGUCGAUGACGGGAAGAGGAUUGCGUGCGUGGCGCUGGGGAAGGAUAAUGGUGUGGCUAGGAAUGUGCGUAUCUGUACAUUGCCGAGGACGUGGCCUGAAGAGUCUGUUGCGCAGACGCAGACGAAUGGGGAGAAGGUUGAGACGGCUGCGGAGGGGACGCAGACGAAUGGUGAGGUGUCGGAGGGGACGCAGACUGCGGAUGAGACUAGGGAUGAUGGUGUCCAGACUGAUGAUGGGGAGGGGAUUACGAAUGGCGAGAUCGUGGAGAAGUUGAAGUUGACGGAGGAGAAGGAUGCUGUGCGUGCUGCGCCGGCUGCUGCUGCUUAA